UUCCCAUUUAUUGAAAAAUCUUACAAUUAAUAAUAUCAAUAAUAAUAAUAAUAAUACUAAAACAACGACUACAACGAUACCCUCAAACAAACUUAACAUAACAAACAAUCAGGAAAUUUAUAAAUUAUACGCCAAUUGUAUGAAAACACGUUAUGAGAAACAACAGCACAGAAAUGCUAACAUUAGUAAUAACAACAUUAAUGGUGUGGACAGACAACGGAGGUCAGUACUGGAAGGGGAGGGAAUGCGUUUCAAAAGAGACCCUAUACUUGAUGAGGAAGGUAUGCGCUUCAAAAAGGACAGUCUAUUGACUGACGAAGGCAUGCGAUUCCGUAAAUCUGUGUUAGACGGGGAGGGAAUGAGAUUUCGCAAAAACGACCGUAUUUUGGAUGAGGAGGGCAUGCGUUUCAAAAAGUCAGUACUUGAUGGAGAGGGUAUGCGCUUCAAGAAGGCAUCGGUUUUGGAUAAUGAAGGCAUGAGAUUCAGAAAGUCAGUCCUUGACGGCGAAGGUAUGCGAUUCAAGAAGGCAUCAGUUUUGGACAAUGAAGGCAUGAGAUUCAAGAAGGCGUCGGUGUUGGAUAACGAGGGGAUGAGGUUUAAGAAGGCAUCGGUGUUGGACAACGAAGGGAUGCGCUUCAAGAAGGCAUCGGUAUUAGACAACGAGGGGAUGCGCUUCAAGAAGGCAUCGGUAUUAGACAACGAGGGGAUGCGCUUCAAGAAGGCAUCGGUAUUAGACAACGAGGGGAUGCGCUUCAAGAAGGCAUCGGUAUUAGACAACGAGGGGAUGCGCUUCAAGAAGGCAUCGGUAUUAGACAACGAGGGGAUGCGCUUCAAGAAAGCUUCAGUUUUGGAUAACGAAGGGAUGAGGUUUAAAAAAGCGUCAAUUUUGGACAAUGAAGGCAUGAGAUUCAAAAAGUCAGUUCUUGAUGGCGAAGGGAUGCGCUUUAAAAAGUCUGUAUUAGAUGGAGAAGGUAUGCGAUUCAAAAAAUUGAUGGCCAACCAGUUAGCCCGACUUCGCAAAUAUAAUUAUCUACCCAUAGAUGAGUUUGCCGUAGACGAGCGCCGGGACACUGACGGUGGAUCCAGUAGUGAUAUACUUGAAGUAAACGGCGAGUCAAAGCAUAUGAAGUAAUGAUUAAAAAUGUUAUUUAACUCAUCGUUAAUUAAUCAAUCAUUUAUUAAUUGCAAUGUAAUUUUAAAUAAUUAAUAUAUAAUU